UAGCACAAGGCACCGCAAAUCACCACGAGAUGCCACGAGCUUCGGUACCACAAGUCCACGAGGAUUGAAGACGAUCGGGCAAACGUUUUAUGAGAAAAACCCGCACGUUCUUUCGCAAUUCUAUCUUAUAUCUUUACGAGCGUUUUAUACCGUGCAUCAUUAACUAAUCGGUGAAUCGUUUGAUGUUCAGUGAAAAAUCGCAGCUACCGAUGCUGCAGCAAAUAAAUAUAUCUCCAAUCCAAACAACAUCUCAUUUGGAUCCGAAUGACGUGUGAAUCUUGAUCUAUUUAUCUGCAGUCAAUAUGUAUGACGGGAUUUUCGAUGACGUUAACCACGUGUUAACAAUCUUAGCCUCUAUUGGUCAAGAGAUUGUUGAUGAAACAUUGGUUUUUGAGCUCCUGGAGGACCUGCAACAUACCGGUACCGUCAUUCAGAUACUCCUGGAAAAACGUGCACGUCUUCCAGGCACAGAAUCUUUUGCAGCCCAAUUGAAAUCUGAUUGGGACUCAAUGGCAAAAGGGAACAUACCCCUUGAUUUAUUGGCUUCAAACGAUUCAAAUUCAAGUGACUGUUUGGAGAUCCUUGACCACAAGAACAAAACCAAUCCUGCAGCUUCUAGCGAGGGACUUGUGGAUCUUACUAAGGAACAAGAGACUGUAAUGAAUUCCAAGGGAGAUAUUUGUGGCAAUAAUUAUUGCAGCGAUAUCAUCGAAAACAAACCUGAUGAUGCUGAUGCCAAUAACUAUACUACGGAUUCUGAUUGUGAUGGAGAAAUGGACGCUUACUACGCGCAACUAAGUGAUGAAUCUGAAGGAUUUGUAGACUCUGAUGUGAGACCUGUUCUUAGUCCAAUUUUGAGGUUGCCAGAAGAACCACGGUCGCCAAUCUUUCAGAACCAAAAUAACGAUACAUCAAAUCUUGAAUCGGCUGAAAAUCGAAUGGAUGAGAUACUGGAAGAAAAUAACAAUGACCCAAACAACAAUCUGGAAGAUAUUCAAGUCCUUGAAGAGAACAGCGGCACUUCUGCAAUUCCAGAACAUUUAGAAAUGGAGACUGAACUAGCCUGUUCUUCACCAUCUAGUUUCGAACAAAACACAAAAUGCAGCAGCCCAAAACCUGGUUGUAGCAAAGACUCGUACUAUAUGGAUUCAGAGAUUUGUAUGUCUGAUGAAACUCAAAGGCAUGAAACUGGUAUUUUGAACAUUUCUACAAGCGAAAAAAUACGCCAUAGUCCAAAGCCAAAAAUAAUUGAACCACAAGAUGAAGCUGCUCAAGACGUACUAGGCAGCAAACACACUUUAUAUCGUAAAAUUGAACGCGACAGUAUUAGGAUACAGAGACUUUUACCAGAUAUUAGUUUAGAAAAAAUUGCAGCUAAGUUGAAGAAAAACGCGGAUGCCACAAACAGAGUCGAACUAACUUUGUGGGAUCUAUUGCCCGCCCAAAGACCAUUACCAAUGUGGAAUGCGAAGCGCAAGCUGAAUAAGGAUAAUUGUCCAUCACCAAAUAAAAAAACAUUUACACCUGGGGAGUCGAGUUGCAUUGUAAAGCACGUGAGUACAUUUUCAGCUGGAGGUUUAACUGACGAAAAAUCUUCGAAUCUAAAAAAAAACAACAUAUUGGCUCCUGCUAAAUUAAAACUUAGCGAUAAACGAAACAAAAACAUAGUUCACCCGGCUAAACUGGUGUAUUCCACAACAUCUGUGGCAAAGCGUCCCUCGAUAUUAAAACCUAGCAAGCUCCAACGUUUGGAUAAUGGAUACGGAUGUAUGAAGAGCAAAGGUAUUGUAACUGACAUGCCAGACAAUAUCUCCUAUGAUUCAAAAUUUCACAGCUCACAUCGUGCUAAUAAGGACCACGGCAAAGCAGCAGAUCCAUAUCCCAAGAUGACAAGUAUCCCAUAUAAUCCUCCAAAACUGGUAGACCAACCCAGAGAUUCAUCUGAAAAACCGCAGGAAACAGAUACAUCCAGCGUUGCUUCGAAAAUAGCAAAGAUGGAAACCCUAUUAAACCCUGUGACCUACACCGCACUCGCAAAUUUUUUCCAAACAACCGAAAAUGCUGCCGGAUGUAAAAGUUGGAAUUCAAGUCCUUCAAAAACCCAGUGUCGUGAUAUUAAUCCAAUUUCAACAGCGGUAAAAAGUCCAGGAAAAGUUGUAGAAUCCAAUAUUACAUCUACUCAGACCACAACAAUUCCUAACGUUGAUCAAUCUGAUUCAGAAGACAUACUUAUCCUUGAUGAUUCAUGGCAAGAAAUAGACAAUCAAAAUGAGGAGAACGAAGAGUGGCUGAUUACUCAUGAGGCUAUACAAUCUGUAGAGCCAUCAGGGAAUGUUGAAGUUACUGGAGUAGAGCAUAACAUCGUAGCACCAUCCAAGGUAUCGCUUGGCAAGUCAAUGGCCUAUCCUAGUGAUAACAUUGCCGCAUCAAUAGUUGUACCAAACGAAAUGGUCAUACCAAGUGAAGUCGAACCGCGCAAACAGGACAGCCAAGUACCAGAACAAUUGUUCAAUCCUCUGAUAAACAUGUUUCCCAAUGUGGAUCCAACAUACAUUAGGGAAUUGUGUUGCGAUGCAACAGUGAAUGACCAAACGUUGGAAUCGCUCGUAGAAAUUCUCUUAAAAGAUGGCGUGUAUCAUCCACGUAUAAUCAAUCUUGAACCAGAGCCACAGGAACUAAAUCCGGACUCCCAAUACGAAAAUCUCCGAGGAAUAUUUCCUGAUGCUUAUCCAGAGUACUUACGUGGCAUUGCUGAGCGUUACUUCAAAGAUCCUGAGGCUAUGAAGACUUUCGUUCAAUCUAAAUUGGAACACCAUGAUUAUCCCACGAUGGCAGAUUACUUGAAGAAAAUGAAGAUUACGGAACAAAUACGACAGUACACUGUUGAUUUUGACUCUAAAAAAUUUUUGGAAAUAUUUCCCAAGCCUUUUAAGCACUUUGAAAAUCCUCAACGAAAGUAUACCUACAACGUCAUUGCAUUUGAGUUCUUAAAGUGCCACUUCAGAUCAAAUAAGGUCGCCACAAUACAGAGGGAAUACAGAGCUGCAGAACAUAUGUAUCACAUAAGUUUGGUAGCAAAACGAUUGGAAGCUAUGGGUCCAGAUAUGAAAAGCAAAAGAUGGGACAGGAUACCUCCAACGGAAGACAUACCACUGUUACAAGAAUUUGCUUUCAUACAGCACAAGGAAGAAUUGCGAGCGUAUUUGAAAGAGCAGCGGACUUCAGAGAAGCAACUAUUCAACAUGUUAAAGGCAAAGAACGAGCUCUUGGAAUGUCAAUGCUGUUUUGAUACAGAGUGCAUGCCUUCGAAAUGUUCGUCAUGCAGCGAGGGUCACUUGUUCUGUAAAUCUUGUAUCAAGCUUGGAACAGCGACUAAAAUCGGUGAUGGACAAACGCAGUUCCCUUGCUUUGUGGAAUGUAAAGGCGAAUUCACGUUGCCGGUUCUGCAAGACGUCUUGGAACCCGCCACGUUUAGUAUGCUGCUAAGAAAAAGACAAGAAGAGGAAGUGAAGGCUGCAGGAUUGGAAGGGCUGAUAUCCUGCCCAUUCUGUCACUUUGCUUCCAUUCCACCACCUGAAGACAAAGUAUUCAAAUGCUUGAACGUUGAGUGUAUGAAGGAAACUUGUCGACUUUGCAAAGAACUGAAUCAUGUCCCUCUACGCUGCGACGAAGUGGUGAAAGGUGUAGAAGCCAGACAUUAUUUGGAAGAGAAAAUGACUGAAGCUCUUGUACGCAAGUGUUAUAAAUGUUCUCGUCCGUUCUUCAAAGACGAAGGUUGUAACAAAAUGAAAUGUAUUUGCGGUGCAAUGAUGUGUUACAUCUGCGGGGAACCCGUUACUGAUUAUAAACACUUUAACGGUCAGGGUGCUGGACGCAUCGACUUAUGCCCGUUGUGGAGUGACAAUAGUCUACUUAACGCACAGACGGUGAGAGUUGUCGCCGAAGCUGCAGAGAAAGAAAUUCUCAAGAAGAAUCCAAACCUAAAACUUGAUACAAAAACAUUGAUGCCUUCCCUACCUCAAGCAACAAAAGGGCCUCAUCAAGACAUACCUAAUGCUCAUAUACUACCGGUGAGAUUUAUUUAUGACUAUAAACAGUUUUUCGAUAAUAUUUGAGGCAGAAGUCUCGUAGUAUCAGUGGAUAUGAAUUUUCCCCAGAUUAGUAUUUUAGGCUUCUUCUACCCUUCCGAUGUUUAAUCGAUUGAGAUUAGUUAAAUCUAGCAAUACUCUGACAUUUAUGGCCUGUUGCUAAAUUUUUUUCUAUAAAUUUCUAUUAUUUUGUUAGGUUCACACUCGAAAGGCGUGAUCACACUAUUGGUCAACGACAAGAUUUCGGCUUGUUUUCAGAUUUUUAAAACUCACUACUUAAAAUACUCCACCAUUAUAUUCAAAAAUUCAUAUUUUAUUUAUUGCCUCUUUUGUAUCAGUAAUAAGUAAAAAUGAAAGAGAAAUAAGAUUUAUAUGUAUAUAUAUAUGUAUAAAAAGAAACGUAAAAAUACUAUGUACCAUUGUUCCAAGUUUUAAAAUAUAUUCAUAUUGUUAUAAGAACCAACACAAUUUGCUGCUUUCAAAUUAUCGAGUAUCUGAAAAAUCAUUAUCCAUGCUCCAGUAUGCAUGAGAUGAUGAUAUAUCGUUGUUUUCGUUUUAAAAUGAUCUCACCCCGAGCAAAUUACGUAUUAUGAUUAUCUCAAGAGUUGUGAAGCUCAACAAGCAUCGCUUACAAUUAGUUUAACAAGGUACAGACUGAAACAAAUAACCACUGUGGUAUGAAUACCGCUUGCUUCUUGAAUUGCCAUUUUUUCACAACUUCUGAAUUAAUUUCAUAUUACGAUGAUUAUUCACUUAGUGUUUGUGUUAUCCUGAUUUCGAUUUUUACAGUAUCAUUAUCUCGAUUAUCAUUUGAAAUUUGUGUAAUUAUUUCAUAGUUACUACGGUGUAUAAGUAUUACCAUUAUCAAUAUACAUUUAAGAAGCGAGUCUUUGUUUGAAUACAUGACUUUGGAUGCUGAAGUCACAUUUUUUAUGAUUCCAAAGUGAAAGUGAUGUGAAAUUAUUGGAUUUAUGAGAAUAAUGUUACCUCUAUAAACCUUUAAAUCAUCUCAUCUUCGAUGAUUCUUAUUUUCUGCUGGCACAGGAUUGAAUAUCAAAAAAAAAACAUGGUGCACAAAUAAUGUAUUCCAAAGAACUGACUCGUUAAACAACGCUUUAUAAUUUUUUUCUAUUACGCUAAAUAAGUACAAUCAUAAUUACUACAAGUGAUAUUAUAAUGAUUAGUGUGAAGUUGAAGUACCUGAUAAAGUUUUUGUUUCAAUCGUUUUAUAUAUGAAAAAAAAAAAAAAAAAAAAAGAAUAUUGCAGCAUUUUGAUUACUUCCUUAAAUAUUGAUCGCAAACUCUCCAUAAAGUUUUACCAAAUCGUAAGGAAUAUGCGUGCCUUACAUUUCCCCAAAAAGUUUGACUGGUGAACACUUUGAGAAAUCAAGACUUCGUUAAAACCACUGACAUGUAUAACAUAUCAGUAGGCGAAAGUGAACAGACUGACCUCAACAUCACUUUUCAACAAAUGACCAUCAUGUCUAAAAUUUGAUCAGUCAUAAACUCUACUUCAUAGACUGUAUGGGCCGUGAUACAUGUGAUGGAGCUAUCGUCUUUUCAGUUUACAAUCAGCGAAAAAAACGAUUUUUUAAUUGCGUAACAGAAAAAAAAAAACCUCAAUACCCAGGGUAAUUUUCUGAUGAACAGAUGUUUUGACUUUUUGAGAGAAGUGAUACAAUAGUUUUUUAUGUACUGUAAUUUUUAAAGAACCUGAAUUAUAUUUUUCUGAAUAAAAAACCGUUGAGCAAACUU